GACGUGAGUCUGAUCGCAGAGGCGUGGUUGACUGUGUGCCGCGGAAUAUGGCGGAGCCGGCGACAAAGCGGCCCUGUGGCCCGGGUGAGCAUGGCCAAAGGGUGGAGUGGCGGAAAUGGAAGCAGCAGAGGAAAGAGGAGAAAAAGAAGUGGAAAGAUCUCAAACUGAUGAAAAAACUGGAGCGGCAGCGGGCACAAGAGGAACAGGCAAAGCAGCAGCAGGAGGAGGAGGCGGCGGCUGCAGAGAGGCAGGACCAGGGGCGACCCUACACCCUGAGCGUGGCUCUGCCAGGAUCCAUCCUGGACAACGCCCAGUCGCCCGAGCUUCGUACUUACCUGGCCGGCCAGAUCGCCAGAGCCUGUGCCAUCUUCUGUGUGGACGAGAUCGUGGUGUUCGAUGAGGAGGGCCAAGAUGCUAAGACCGUCGAGGGGGAAUUCACGGGAGUCGGCAAGAAGGGGCAGGCGUGCGUACAGCUGGCCCGGGUCCUGCAGUACCUGGAGUGUCCACAGUACCUGAGAAAGGCGUUCUUCCCCAAGCACCAGGAUCUGCAGUUUGCAGGGCUCCUGAACCCCUUGGACAGCCCCCACCACAUGCGGCAGGAUGAAGAAUCGGAGUUCCGAGAGGGUGUCGUGGUGGACCGGCCCACCCGGCCGGGCCAUGGCUCCUUUGUCAACUGCGGAAUGAAGAAGGAGGUGAAGAUCGACAAGAACCUGGAGCCUGGACUGCGGGUGACUGUGCAACUGAGCCAGAAGCAGCUCCCAGAAUGCAAGACCUACCGUGGAAAAGUUGUGUCAUCCCAGGACCCUCGCACCAAAGCUGGUCUCUACUGGGGCUACACUGUCCGACUGGCCUCCUGCCUCAGCGCUGUGUUUGCUGAGGCUCCCUUCGAGGACGGGUAUGACCUGACCAUCGGGACUUCCGAGCACGGCUCAGAUGUGGGGUCUGCACAGCUGCCCAGCUUCAGGCAUGCCCUCGUGGUGUUCGGGGGCCUGCAGGGCCUGGAAGCUGGAGUGGAUGCUGACCCCAACCUGGAGGUGGCCGAGCCCAGUGUCCUCUUUGACCUGUAUGUCAACACCUGCCCAGGCCAGGGCAGCCGCACCAUCCGCACCGAGGAAGCCAUCCUCAUCUCCCUGGCUGCCCUACAGCCUGGCCUUAACCGGGCAGGUGCACGGCCCACCUGAAGGUUCUGCCGGGUCCAGAAUGUUGGCGAAGCAGCGGUGAAACGGGUCACCUGGGUCAGCACAGCC